AUGGUUAGAACUAAAGCAACAACAGCACUUGAGCCAGCCGUUGGGGUUGUAGCCAUAGGAGGAGUAGCAACAAUAAGCCGUAGUAGAGGUCGCGGGAAAAAGCCCACCAGGAGCAGGGGCCAAGCAGCUAGGCCAACCAGGGAAAGAGCAGCGACCCCUCCACCGGCUGAUAAAGUAGCUCGAGAGGAUAUUGAGGUGGAGGAUGAGCAUGUUAAUGAGAGAGAAGCACCACCCCUGCCUACUCCAGAGAUGAUCCACCAGGGAAACGCCAAAAUAUGGUGGCAGUCUCAUGUUGAGUGCCGACCAGCAGAGGCACCACCUAUGACUUGGGCAACUUUUUCUGACUGUUUCAUGGAGAAGUAUAUUCCCCGGACCUUGAAAGACAGAAGGAGAGAUGAGUUUUUGAAUAUAGAGCAAUGGAAGAUGUCCGUUGCCGCCUAUGAAUCCAAGUUUCAUGCCUUAGAUAGAUAUGCUACUCAGCUUUGCUUCAGUCCAAAAGAACGGAUUCGUCGUUUUGUAAAGGAAUUGAGGUCAGAUUUAUGGAUUCCAGCUUUACAGGUGGCUUCUUCAGCAAAAUCUUUUCAGGAAGUGGUUGAUUUUGUGAUAGAGAUGGAUGGGGUGAAGCCAGAUAACUUCUCUAAAGAGACAACGUUCAAAAAAAUUCGUAAGGGAGGUGAGUUUAGUGGUUCUUACUCCAGAGGGAAGAGUUCUGGAGAUUAUUCGACUCAUCCUAUUCAUUCUUCAUUGCAGUCUUCUUCAUCUUCACAAAGACCCACUCUUGACCCUAAGACUUGUUACGGAUCUGGUGAGUCUGGACAUAUUAAAAAAUAUUGUCCAAGGAAGAAUCAAGCUUGGCAUGAUCAGGGUUAUAGAGCCCCAGCAGUUAGAGGUGGAGGCGACGACUAUGGUAGGGGCCGUUAUUCUAGAGGAUAUGGUGGACAAGGUCGUGGUGGUCGCCAGCCUGAUAUGGAUGGCGGGAAGGUUGGAGCUAAUGGAGUACAGCCCGGCAAGGGAAAUGGUCAGACGAGCGACAGAGCCUAUUGUUAUGCUUUCCCUGGGAGGCCAGAGGCAGAGGCAUCCGAUGUUGUUAUCACAGGAUGGCCCCGACUGAGUUGA